UGGAGGGAUAUUAGGGACAUUAGUUAAGAAUUUUAGAACCCAAUUUUAUGGAAGGAUACAAGGUACAAAAGUGUUGAUGAAGGGAGGGAAGGAAUAUGUGGGACAGCCGGUGGUAGGAGGGGGAAGAGAGGGAGUUUUGGGGUGGGGGGUUUGGUGGUGAGGGUGAGGGAGGGAGAGGGGUGGGGGAAGGAGAGAACUCAUCUAAUCAUUUCUUAUGCCUCCACCUGUUAUGUAGGGUAGGAGAGAUGCCACCUCAACUCCCACCUUUUGGUCUACCUUCAUAUACCUUUUGCCAUCCCUCUAUCCCUUCUAGUUUUUGCCCAUCACCAUACCCCUUACAACUAUCCACAUUGCCUUUUAAACCUUCUAUGCUUACACCUCCACUGUUACCCGUUAUCUCCCUAUACUUAUUACCCCUCCAUCUUCUUCGAUUCAGGAGGGGGACAAAGUUUCCUUUCCGUAUUGAUGCAAAUUUUUUCUCUUUUUCUUUCAAUGGUGGGCGACAUGAUUCGUAUGCUAUACAUGAGAGCAGCUGGCAUGUCAAGCACACUAUUUGGCUAGGACGUAAAGGAUUGGAGUGGAUCCUUUCUUGUUUUGCUGAUAUUCGUGAUUGGGUUCCGGAGAAAGUUUCCAUUUGCAAACGUUUCCAGGAAAAUAAUAAAUUGUUGGAAUUUUGUGGGAGGUCGAAUAAGGCUGGUGUUUUUGUGGUCAUAGUUAAAUACUAUGGUGGGGCUCGCUGAGGGUGUAUUAUGAUACCAGCAAACUCCAACCAUGCAGGUUGGUCUUUGUUUCAGAGUGAGUUGAAGUAUUUUUUCACUGGUGCUAAACCGGUUUCUUUGGCUUAAGUUUCAUCCAAAAAUGGUGGUGGUGGAGGUGGUCAGUCUGCUGGUGGUGACCAGAGUGGGAAACUUUUGUCUACUUAUGGUCAUCAGCAAAAGUUCAAGAAUUUUGAAAAAUUUGGAGCAAUUUUGGGGCAAAACGGGAAUCCUGGAUUACUUACAGUAAAUGGUUCAGUUUUAAAUAGCAAAGUUUUAGUUAUUAAUGGCAGACCCACGCGGGUUGUUACUUUUAAGCUGAUUCCUGCUUUAUUGGCUUUAAGAGUGAGUAAACUUGAGGGCAAGAAACAUUCUGUAACUUAUAUGGGUUCAAAGGUUCUUAGUUGGCCCAAGGCUUCAAGUGGUGGGCUAGAACCUAUAAACCAAUUUGGUGGGCUUGUCAAAGCCCAUCCCGUGGAGAUUGAUUCUUCGCUCAAGGGUACAUUGGUCAAACCCGUACUUUUAAUAGAGAGAUACAAUGGUCAACUUUCGUGGGUACAAAGGGAGAACUCAAGUGCGAUGGAGGCUCCUAGGUCGCUGGUGACUAUGGUGUUGUCGAUGUCCGCAGCGGCACUGGUGAUAGUGGCGGUGCCGGUGCCGGUGCCGGUGAGUGCGACGGAGGGGUCCAAGUCCAAGUUUUCCGAUGUGGAGGUGUCAAAUCGGAGGUUAAGGGCAGAGAACCAGACUCCGUUAGCUGGUGUUUUGAAGGAUGGGUCGACGGCGAAGCUGAUGGGACCUGGGUAUGUUGUUCCUUCUGAUCUUCGGCAUCAGGGAGAUGGCCAAAACUCUUUUUCUCCUCUGUUGGGUCUAGGUAGUGAGGAGGGUUUCUGUUUUGGAGAGAGAGAUGACUCCAUGAUGGUUUCAGGUGAGAAGGGAGAAAAAUGGAGCCAUUUGGAUGGGGUUGAGAUGUUACAGGUAGAGCCUGAGCAUCCUCUGCUGCAAUGGAAGCACAGUGAAGUUAAUCCUAGUGGUUUAUUUCAUGGAGAGGACGAGAAUGGUUCUUUGGAUUGCUCACCUUUAUCUAAAUGGGAUCCCAAUGAUCAUAAGGAGUUGGAGGUGAUCCAGGAAGGUGGUGAGGGAGAGGUUCGAGAGUCAGCGGUAAAAAACUCGAAAUGGGUUUGUAGCCUGAUGAAAAAUUUCUGUAGAAUUGUGGGGUUUCCAAUUGUUAAGCACAAAGAUCAAUGCCUGGCUCUGUUCCAUCUUUUUGAACAAGAUUGUGUUGAUGUUGUUAGUGUUGGGUCUUCUAUAGAUAUUGUGAACUCUAAGCAAAAAGGGCUUAGGGAACUCAAAGGUUUGUUUUCUUCCAUUAAUUAUGAUGGGGUAGCAUCUAAGGGGAGGAACAGAGACCUCUCACUAGGUAAAGGGGCGAUUACCAGUUUUAAAUGAGUUUACGGUUGCUAUCUUGGAAUGUUAGGGGAUUAAAUAAUCCUCAGAAGCAAGAGGUAUGUAAAAAUCUUCUCAAGGAGUGGAAGUGUGAUAUAGUUUGCUUUCAAGAAACUAAGUUGUCUUCUUUAAAUUCUUCUAUUGUUCGGAGCCUUUGGGGUAGUCCGUUCUUGGAUUGGGUUUUUCUAGAUGCAAUCAAUACAGCAAGGGGGGUGUUACUGGUUUGGGACAAGAGAGUUUUUGAAAAAGUUGAUUGUGCUGUUGGUCUGUAUUCUGUUAAUGUGCUAUUGAAAGGGGUUGUAGAUAAUUUUGUAUGGGCUUGUUUAGGAGUGUAUGGGCCUAAUUAGGAUAAUCUGCAAGGUGCUCUGUGGGAAGAACUUUCAAGGAUGCACUCCAGGUGGAAUACGGCUUGGAGUGUUUUUGGGGAUUUCAAUACCAUUCGAUACCCGAGUGAGAGACCUGGUUGUGAGGCUUUUAGUCCAACUAUGUUUGCUUUUUCAGACUUCACUGAGGCUAAUUACCUUGUGGACUUACCCCUUGAAGGGGCUUCGUUUACUUGGUUUAGAGAUUCGGGGUCUGCUUGUAUGUCAAGAAUUGAUAGAACCUUGGCAUCGGUGGGUUGGGUAGAUCACUAUGGAAACGUGUCUCAAAGGGUGCUCCCUCGGGUAAUUUCUGAUCAUUGCCCUCUUUUGGUGGUCGCGGGUAAUGUUAAAAGAGGUCAGAGUGCCUUUAAGUUCGAGAACAUGAGGUUGAAAGAAGAGGAUUUUCUAGAAAGGGUUCGGCAUUGGUAGAAUGGGUAUUGCUUUUCGGGUUCUCCUAGUUUUAUUCUGGCUCGUAAAUUAAAAGCUCUUAAAGAGAACUUGAAAUAGUAGAAUAAGGAGGAAUUUGGGGAUCUGGCCUUUAGGAAGAAAUGUCUUUUAUCUGAAUUGUUGAGUUUGGAUGCUAGGGAGGACUUGUCUGAUCUUUCUCAGGAUGAUCAAUCUCAUCGUAUUCACAUUAAAGGAGAGAUUGCUCAUCUUGCCUCUUUCGAGGAGAUUUCUUGGAGACAAAAGUCUCGGAUUCUAUUUGUGGAAGGGGACAAUAAUACUCGCUUCUUUCAUCGGGUUGCAAACUCCCAUAGAAGAACUAAUCAUAUUUGGGGUAUAGAGGUGGAUGGAGUCCUCUAUGAGGAUGAAGAAGAGGUGCAGUCUAAGGUGGUCAAUUUUUAUUAGAGGUUGUACACUGAGUUAGUUUCUUGGCGCCCUUCUAUGGACGGUUUAAAGUUUGCUAGAAUUGAGGAGGAUGAGCGGCUUGAAUUAGAGAGGGGUCUUUCUAAGGAGGAAGUGGUAAAGGUUCUUCAUGAGAUGCAGGAUGAUAAAGCCUCAAGUCCUGACAGUUUCACUAUGCCCUUUUUCCAAAAAUGCUAGUGUAGUGGAAGCAGAUGUCAUGGCAUUCUUUGAUCAUUUCCAUAGGAGCUCAGAGUUUGAAUGGUCUCUAAAUGCUUCUUUCUUAUCUCUGAUUCCCAAAAAAAAUAAUGUUGUAAUUAUCAAAGAUUUUAGGCCUCUCAGCCUAGUGGGCAGUGUGUAUAAGUUGUUGUUUAAGGUUUUAGCUAACAAAUUGAAGCGGGUGCUGGAUAAACUUAUUUCAGAGUCAUAGAAUUCCUUUGUUGGUGGCAGACAGAUUUUGGAUUCAGUACUUAUGCUAACGAAUGUUUGGACAAUAGACUGAAAUGUCGUACUCCGGGGGUGGUGUGUAAGCUAGACAUUGAAAAAGCAUACGAUCAUGUGAAUUGGGACGCUUUGUUUUAUCUGUUGGAGAGGAUGGGCUUUGGAGAUAGAUGGAGGAGAUGGCUAAAGACUUGUGUCUCUACUGUUCGCUUCUCAGUUCUAGUUAAUGGAUCUCCAACUGGCUUCUUUGGUAGCUCUAGAGGUCUCAGACAAGGCGAUCAUUUAUCUCCCUUUCUCUUUUUGUUGAUCAUGGAGGUUUUAAGUCGUAUCUUGAAGAAAACUGAGGAAAAGGGUUUCAUUCAGGGUUUUCAUAUGGGUCCUGCUAAUUCUACUGGUAUCUAGGUUUCUCAUCUCCUAUUUGCUGAUGAUACCAUUCUUUUCUAUGAUGCCUCUAGGGAGUAAAUUCUUUCUAUUAGGCUAGUUUUGACUUGUUUCCAAGCCUUUACUAGUCUAAAGGUGAAUGUGAGGAAAAGUGAAAUUGUCCCUAUUAGGGAGGUGCAUAACAUUCAGUUUUUGGCUAAUAUCCUUCAGUGCAGGGUGGACAAUUUGCCUAUAAUUUACUUGGGUAUGCCAUUGGGUACUUUGUACAAAACAGCCUCUAUUUGGAAUCCGAUCCUUGAGAGGAUGGAAAAGAGGCUUUCAGGCUGGAAGCAGCUUUAUUUGUCAAAGGGUGGUAGACUCACAUUGCUAAAGAGUACCCUUUCAAGCCUUUCGACGUAUUACCUUUCCCUUUUUACCAUCCCUAAAGCUACUAGAUUGGAACACAUCCAUAGGCACUUUUUGUGGGGUUCAUCAGUUACGUGUUUCAAAUAUUCUUUGGUGGCUUGGGAAAAGGUUUACUUACCUCAUGAGUUGGGUGGUUUAGGAAUUCGGAAGUUGGUGCAGGAAUUCGGAAGUUGGUGCCUUUUAAUCAGGCUCUAUUAGGGAAAUGGCUUUGGAGGCAUGGCCAUGAAACCUCGCAUUUGUGGCGAAGGGUCAUUGCCAUGAAAUAUGGGGAAAGAAAAGGGGGUUGGUGCACUAGGGCUUGUAGUAGGGCUCAUGGUUGUGGGUUAUGGCCGAGUAUUAGUGAAGGGUGGGAAACUUUUGCUAAGCAUUUCUCUUUUGUGGUGAGGGAUGGUUCUCGUAUUCUUUUUUGGCAUGAUAAGUGGACUGGUGAUGUUCCUCUCAAAAUUCUUUAUCCUCAGUUAUUUUUGUGUUCAGCUAAUCAGGAGGCUUGUAUUUCUAAGGUGUUAAGCCCUCUUGUGGGUGAUAAUGACAGAGUUUGGAGUUUAAGUUUUCACAGGGACUUCAAUGAUUGGGAGUUGGUGGCUUCCUACUACUUUCUUCAUUUCAUCCAAACCCGAAUUCCUAAGGAAGGAGAGUGACAGACUUUGUUGGGAUCUUAAUGGCAGUGGAAAGUUUGACACUCGGUCCUUUUAUCAUAAGAUUCGAAAUACAGCUCCUUCCACUUUCCCUUGGAAAGUUAAGGUUCCUAAAAGGGUGGCUUUUUUUAUGUGGACAGCAGCCCAUGGUUAGAUUCCAACUUUGGAUAACCUUAUGUUUCGUGGUCGCCCUUUGACGAAUCGUUGUUGUUUGUGCUGUUUUAAUACAGAAUCUGUAGAUCAACUAUUACUUUUUUGUCCAAUAGCUCAUUCUUUGUGGAUAUAUAUGCUUCGGUUGUUUGGGAUGGAAUGGGUUAUGCCAGGUUCAGUUGUGGACUUAUUAUUUUACUGGUAUCAUUAGCUUGGGAAGCAUAGCUCAGAUAUUUGGGAUUUGGUUCCAGGAUGUUUAAUGUGGACUAUUUGGACUGAACGGAAUCGACGGUCUUUUGAGGAUGAGGAGAAAACUGUGGUUCAGUUAUUAGAGUAUUGCCAGCGGACCCUCUUCGAUUGUUCUCGUUGUUGGGGUUAUUCGGAUUGUUCUACCCUUUUGGAUUUUCUUUCAUCUAUUAGUAUAGAUUAGGGGCUGCUUCUGUCUUUUUGUUUCUUUUUUCCUUUGUUCACAACCGUGAAUUUUGUGUGUUUUUCUUGCUAUUCUUUUAUUAAUAAUAUUCUCUUCUUACUUAUAAAAAAAAAAAGUGUUGAUGAAGUCAGGAUUUGCAUAUGGUUCCUUGCCCAAAAUAUUUAAAAAAAUGGUAACCAAUUAAGAAGGUAUUUUAAUUAGAUAAAAGCAAAUAUCAUUGUUAAAUUGAGGAGUGGAAAUAUGCACGAAUAAAAGAAGAAUUCAUAGCAAUCCUGGAUGUAUUAACAGGGGAUAUGGUGCCAGUCUACCAGGGAGUAUAGCUUAGUGGAGUUUUGACAAUUUGCAACUGAUUUUCAGGUUUUAUUGUCUUUCUGUGCCACAGCCUUUGCUAUCAAGAUUGUGGACAUAAAGCAGCAAUUCAGGUGGUCAAUUUGGUGAACUGCAACUCACUUUAUGAGGUAGUUAGUAGCAACAAAGUAUAGGUGCAGUAUCAUAUAAACUAGUUUAAAAAUUAUUAUGACAGAAAAGAACUCAGGAAGAGUAGAAUAGAUGCAGGAAAUAAGUCCAAUGUACAUGCUCCCUCAAGAAAAACUAUUAAAGAAAUGCAACCUUUUCAAGGGUUGAAAUUUAAGUACCAAAGAGAAGGCA